AUGGCGGCAGCCAGUGGCGACCCGUUCUACGUGUUCAAAGAUGAUCUAGAGACCAAAGUCGCAGCUGUGAACCAGAAACACGCCAAGUGGCGCGUCGCUCGUGCUACGGCUACGGACGUGGCAUCGACCACAAAGCUCGUGGAUCUGACGCGUCAGAUCGAAGCCGCUGUUGCGACUGCAGAAAAGGCAGUCAAGUUCCUGGAGGAAACGAUCGUCAUGGUGGAGGCCAAUCGAUUGAAGUUUGAGCACAUUGAUGCGGUGGAGAUUGCAAAUCGGAAAGCUUUUAUUGCGACAACUAAAACGGAGCUGGAAGGUGUUGCAUCCGAAAUCUGCAGUGAUGUUGUCAAGGCUCAGAUCGGCAAAAAAGACCGCGAGUCGAUUGCGCCCGCGAAACAGUCGGUGUCUCCUAGCUCACAUCUGACUGCACAGGAAAGGAACGAGAGAUUGCUGGAGCAAGAAAGGCUGCAGCAUCGGCAAAUUAUGCAGGAGCAAGACGCAAGUUUGGCAGGGCUUCAGACCGACAUCACGCGCUUGCAUGGAGUCACAGUAGAGAUUUCCAAUGAGGUCAAACAGCAGAACAAAAUGCUGGACGGUGUGACGAAGGACGUGGACGAAGCACAAGAGCGUAUGAACUUUGUCAUGGGACGCUUGAGCAGCCUUCUGAAGACAAAAGACAAGUGUCAACUCGGACUCAUUCUUUUUCUGGUAGCCGUGCUCGUGGCAAUGGUUCUUCUGGUCGUGUACACGUAG